CUACUGUACCGUAUAACCGAAAAACAUUGAGGAUUCUGAGACUUGAUCAACCUGAUAUCGACAACCAGUCACCUUAUGAAAAGACUGCUGAAAGUUCCUCUAUAAGUACUUCGACAAGCUCUUGUGGCAUACAGUAUGCAGAUAUUUCCAGAGAAGCAACAUAAUGAAAGUGGUUUUGCUGUAGGUAUAGAAGACAAUAAUACAGAGGAUGAAACUGAGGACGACACUGAUAAUGACACAGAAAGCGACACUGAGGAUGACACUGAUAACGACACAGAAAGCAACACAGAGGAGGAGGCAGAGGAUGAGGACGUUAACAAUGACACAGAGGACGAUCUCAAUGACCCAGAUUAUGAUCCAUCGGAGGAUAUUGAUGUGGAGCCUGAGGUGUAUAAAGGAAAUGUAGACUAUGUGCAGGGUGACCUUUACAAAGGACGAACGUUUCUGGUUUUUUAAGACCAGCUUCUUGCAGCCUUUUGGAGCAAUGUGCAGUGCACAGAUAGACAGUACCGUUUAUUCCGUCCAAGGUGUCACGGUUAAAACGAUCAUCUAGCACUAUAAUUUGCGUAUUUAUUAUGGAAGUAAUUAAGCAUGACUUUAAUUAGCGUAAUCAUCGUGUGAGGUGUACCGCCGUAUAAAAACAAAGUAUGCUAAAUCAUGCGACACACCUCAAACGAUACGAACUACUUACGGUCACGUAAGGGAGGUGUCGUCAAGACAGCCCUCAGUUUAGAUGUUCAUUGUGAGUACAAAUACAUUAUAUUUUGUUUUACUAAUUAGUAAAUUGUUAUACUUAUCAUAGGCUUGAUUAAUGAUUAAUUGUAAUGAAAUGAAUGGUGGUUAUUAGAAAAUUGAUUUUAUUUGUAUAGUGCCACCUGUGUCUGUACCUGUGCAUGUGCCUGUUACUGACCGAUACCAUGAUAGUUGAAUAGUUAUGUUACCGUAUAUGUGCAACGAUAAACCUUCAGGAAGAACUAUUAUGUUGUUGAGAAGAGAAGAUGCAUACGGAAUUUUAUUUAUUAAAGACUUUACUUUUAUAAUUUAAUUUGCAGUGUACUAUUAUUUGUCUGUUAUCCCAUUAUGCCUCAUCAUUACAGUUCACCUUUAGUGUGACAAUUUGGGGGCUCGUCCGGGAAAUUAUAAGGUAGAGGCGGAGGUAAUAAAUGCUAUUCGACAUAAUAAUUGUACAUGCAAAAGACUUAAUAAGUAAAUAUACGAACAUAAAGAUAUACAUUGUAAAGUUGUUAACGUAACGGUUAAAUUUGCAUCAAUAUGGCAUCUCAUUUGAAAGUAGAAAAGUUGAUAGAAAUAGGUAAGGAGUUAUCGGGAAAAGAGUUAAGAGUAUUUGUAGAUGAAGAGAGACAGAAUUUAAAUGAGCAGAGAUGUAGAGAGAGCACUUAGGUCAGAGAUGAGGGAAGACGAGAAAAGAGAUUGAUCUUGAGAUUGAAUUGGAUAAAAAGCGUGUUGAGGCUGAUAUAGAUUUGAAAAAGGAGGCAGAAAAAGUUAAAAUAUUGCAAUUUCAAUUACAACUUGUAGGCUGCACAUCAAGUAGCCGCUAAUGAUACAAUUAUUUCUAAUUCCAAGGGUAAACCCCCUAAAUUACCACCCUUUAAUCCCGAAAAAGAUGAUAUCGAUGCUUACAUAAGUAGGUUUGAACGUUAUGCCACCACCCAGGGUUGGAUAAGGGAUCAGGAAUGGGCAACUAGUUUGGGUGCUUUAUUACAGGGUACUGCUUUAUUUGAAUAUUCUCUUCUUCCUUCAGACGAAAUUAAUAAUUAUGAUAAAGUAAAACAGGUAGUUUUAAAAGCUUACCACUUAACGGCAGAUGGCUUUAGAAAGAAAUUUAGAGAAAUAAGACCCGAAUCGGGUGAAAAUGGGACAAAAUUCCUUAAUAGAUUGAAAAAUUACUUAAAUAGAUGGAUUGAGAUGACAGACGUAAAAGA